CCUCAUUUGUCAAGUGAAAUGAACGGAUUCCUCUGUGUCAAUGUGAAAUAUAAAUAAAUUAUAAAUUAAUACAAAAACCUUGUUGAUAUCUACGAUUUAGGUUGUACAAUAAGUGAUAUUUUAAGAAAAUGUUGUGAAUAAUAUGUCAUUGAGAAAUAUUCAUGGAAAAUACAGUUGCUGAUUGAAAAUGAAAACGUUUGAAUGAAAUGUGUGUACUGGAUUCUUAAAUGAAGCUCAAUGAAUACAAUAUGCUUCGUUAUUCUGCAAUACCCAGAGAUAUUACUGAAGACAAAUAUCGAAUAAAUGAAGACGAAACGUAUUAUCCAAACCAGCACUCAAGAACUCCUUUGAAAUAUGGAAAACAAGAUCUUAGAAAAAGAAAAAUAUCAAUUCCUGCAAUUUUAGGAAGUCCUGGACCACCUGAUAGCUCUUCAAAUUAUAUCCAUGUCGUAAACAAAACUCAAAGUUUACCUAAUCAUGCUUCUUCAUCCCAAGGCAGUGUAACUGCAAGUUAUAAUUCUGUUUUUGAUAUAUUGAGAGCAUCACCAGAUGAUAUUGCGGCGCAGUUAACAUUGCUAGAUUUACCUGUUUUCCAAGCAAUACAACCUGAUGAAUUAGCUAGCUGUUCUUGGCAUAAGAAGAACAAAUUGAUUAUUGCUCCAAAUGUUGUAGCUUUUACUCGAAGAUUUAACCAUGUUAGUUUCUGGACUGUCCAGGAAAUACUCCAAAGGCCUACUCCAAAACAAAGAUCGGAAAUGCUCUCUCUUUUUAUUCGUACCUCAAAAAAAUUAUAUGAUCUGAAUAAUUAUCAUUCGCUAUUUGCAAUCAUUUCAGCUAUGCAAAGCGCUCCUAUUUAUAGAUUGUCUAAGACAUGGGCAUGUCUUCCCAAAAAAGACAAGACAAAUUUUGAUAAAUUGGCAGAAGUGUUCUCUGAUGAAAGCAACUGGGCCAAUUUGAGGAGUCAUAUUGAAAGUUUGAAAUUGCCUUGUAUUCCUUAUUUGGGUAUAUACUUAACAGACCUUGUUUAUAUUGAUAUGGCACAUCCACAUUCCGGUGGAUUAGAGUCACAACCAAGGAGUUUAAAGAUGAAUAAUAUACUCAGGAUUAUAAGCAAUUAUCAACAGUCAAAUUAUUCUCAUUUGAAUAAAAUACCACACAUACAAGACUAUUUAAAUUCUUUGCGAUACAUUGAGGAGCUUCAGAAAUUUGUUGAAGCUGAUCAGUACAAAUUAUCACUGAAAUUAGAACCAAUGUCUCCUAGAAAUAGUAAUUCAAGCUCUAAAGAAUCUGUCUCCCAAGAAGCAGCAAAAGCAAUAGCAUCACUCAAUUUAUCUCCUGCCAAAGUUGCAAGUGGAUCUUUAAGACUUCAUACUACAGCAUCCAAGUUUAUACCAGGACAUAGAAAAUGCAGAAGUCUUGGUACCAACAUAUUCAAUAGAACUUCACAACUAGAAACUAUAAAACCAAAUAAUGUACUAAAAACUCAUUUGCUUGAUGAUUCUGCUCUCGAAGAAUGUACAAAAAAUCAUAAUUUAGCAUCACCAAUUACAGAUGUGCCUAUACAUGCAUCACAAAGCACUUCAGAUGACUCUACAUUACUAUCGCGUGUUACUGAUGAUAGUUUGAGUUUUGAUGGAAACUUCAGUAGAAUGCAGGGUUUUGUGCAGAGAAAAGCCUUGGUGAAAAAUGGAAAAAAAAUCAAGAUGACUACAUGGCAACGAUAUUGGCUCGAAAUUUGGGCAUCUACUUUAGCAUAUUUUGCUCCAAAGUCUUUCAAGGGUCUUUCUUUAAAUAUAGGUUGUGCCUCGGCUAAUAUCACAAGCCAACGCCAGCGAUACGAUUUCAAGAGGGAACCUUGCAAACUUGUGCCUCUAAGUGGUUGUAAAAUUGUUCUUAAUACUGAGGCUACAAGGGAAGAUACCUUUGAGAUAAUCGAUACCCAAAGAAGCAAUGUCUAUGAGUUUCGUGUGGGCAGUAAAAGCACAGCAGAAAAAUGGUGUAGGUCUCUACAACAAGCUGCUUCUGGUGAAGAUAGAGCUCCUCUACCUAACAAUCUCAUGUCUUUCGAAUAAUUUUUGAUUGUAUUUGUUUUUUUAUCUAGGCUAGGUAUUAUUUGUGUUCAGAUUAAAUAUAAACUAUUUCAUGUUA